AUGAGGUUCGCUGCCUCUCCCUUUCCCCUAGCGUCGGGAUCUCGCGUGGCGUCGCUUGCGUCUUUCGCCUCUGCAGGAUCGCGCGUCUGCUCCUCCUCGCUCGUGCCUCUUGGUGGCGUCAGACCCCUCAGACGACACACUCCCCCCGGUCCGGCGCGCCCCGCCUCGGAGGGACACAUCUUGCGACUCUGCUCGGCUUUCUUGCGGCGAGAGCCCGUUGCGCGGCCUGCGUCUUCUGCGUUGCCGGCGCGUGCUCGGCGUCCUCACCGGUGCUCAUCUACAAAAUCGCGGAGCGGUGGUGACCGAGAUGAGGAUUUUCUGUCGCAGGAGAAAGGAGACAUCCCUGGUCUCCCGCAGUGUGCGUCAGUCUCCACGCAGAAGAAGCGCCGUCAAGAGAGACAUGCACUUGUCUUUGACUGCCUUUCCUGUGGGCGAGCGAAAGCCGUGGGACACAACGGAGGGAGGCUUUGGACGCUCCUCAGGGGUGAUGGAUUUAGGCGACAUUUUUCUUCCGCCUCGCCCCCUGCAGUUGGCUACACGCUUCUUCGGUCUCUGAAGCAAAACGCCCUGGGCACGGACUCCCGUAUCCGCGUUGAAGAAGUUCGACGGACCGCCGGAACAGCCACGGAAACGAAGCUUCUCGCCCCGCAUGUCGCCUCUUCCUCCGCCUCAGCUCGCGCUUCUCCGCCGUCUUCCUCUUCGUUUUCUUCUUCGUCUCUCGGAUUCCGUCUGCUGCUGGACGACGAGACUUUCCGGACUCCCGGCUCGCGCGACCUUCUCUUCCCCUCGCAGGAUCUCGCUCUUUUGGUUGCAGCUGAGCAGUUGGGGCUCCGAGCCGAGCUGCGGAAGUGCCUGGCUCGCUCAGCCGGGAACGAGACGCCAGAUAGCAAGGAGUCCGCGUUGCGCACGUCUUCUCGGUCUCCGUCGGCGACUGUUUCUCUAGCUUCGUCUCUGUCCCCCCCGCCGUCGGGACGUUGUGCAGAAGGAGGCGAAGGGAUGCCCGGGACGCACGACUCAGCCGAGGGAAGGCGCGCGAGCAGAGACUGGGUCCACGAACACGGCGCCAGGCUCCAGCGGUUCAUCAGGGAACGGCCGUUUGCUCUCCGACAGCCUGUUUCCUCGAUCGUCUUCACCGCAGUUGACCGCAUUCAAGCGAACCCCAGAGAGACGGCAGCCACCCUGGUGUCUCUGCUCGACGGCGAUACAGCCUUGUCGAGAGAAGAAGUGAGCGGACCCGAGGAAAAGCAGUCGCCUCUGUCUGUCCCAGGCUGUGCACCUUUGGGAAGCGCCGCGCCUCUCCCGUCAGAAGAAGAACCUUUCUCGUCGGCGUCGCGGUUCCUGCGAGAGCGCCUGAGCGGCCCAUGGAAGGACGAAGUCCGGCGAAGGGAAGAAGACGUUCUCGAAGCGCACGUGCGGGCUUUCGAGAGGCGCCGAUGCGGCGGGGAGUCUCUACACCGCAACAAAGGGUUUUCGAUCGUUCACCAAAGCAACAGCGUCGUGGAGCGUCUCGAAACCUUCUACUGCUCGUGCUCUCCGUUUUACCUCGCGGCGUUCCAAGUCGCCGCCAUGCAGCUUCGCUCCCUCAUCCUCGCUGACGAACUUCUGCAGUCUCUGUGCGGCGGCGCUGACAGCGAACACCAGGCCAACCAGGCGGAGAGGACUCUGUCGAGUUUUGGAGAGUCAAAAACGCCUUCCACAGCCUCCGACGGGGUCUUAGCUGGCGAGGACCAGCAACAGCCGAACGACGGCCUGCGAGCGGAAUUAAAUGAGCGGAUUACUUACUUUUGGCAAGCAGCAAACAUUGAAGCCGAGGAACAACAGAAACGCUUCGGCUACGUUGAAGGCGCGCACGACGUGGAAAAAGCUGAAGCUCUGCUGUGGCUGCAUGCAGCCGCUCUCGUUGUCAAAUUCGCUUAG